AAAACAAAUUGUUAUCAGUAGCUAAGCAGCAAUGACACUGAAAUACCAAUCGGAAGUUUGUUGGAGGUUUAGUUAGGCUUUUUGAAAUCGAUUUCCUUAAAGUGCUGGUGCAAAAUCAUCAUCGGAAUAGUUUCAAUUGAAUUAAACAAGUGAAAGUACACCAAAAGUUAACGAUUAAAAGUAUAUUCAAGACAUAAAUUAUGGAAAAAUAUUUGAAUUACGUAAGGCCUCAUACCUUUAAAGUGUUUAAAUACUCCUUUUUGGCUGUAGUUCUUGGAUUUCUUCUGCAACAAUUGAGUCAUGCUGUCUCUGUGGUGGUGGAGGCCAAGGCAUACGAUCAACGUCAACGUUCAAAAUUUCCAAUGUCACAGUCCACACCGCAGAUGUAUGGUGCUGCUGCAAGAUAUUCCCAAAUUGCGAUAAACAAUGAAUGUAAUUCCGAAGUGGGUAAUCAGACGCACAUAUACACAUUGAAUGUGCCCAAUGAUGCAGUUGCUAACUAUGCCGUUGUCAAAGUACUUGAAAAGACUCAGCGUUACACCAGAAUCACUGUCUGUUGUCCUGGUUAUGUUUUGGAGCGUAGUCUUGAAGGUGAUGUUUGUUCCCCCGUUUGUGAUGAUUGCCGCAAUGGCCAUUGUGUGGGACCCAACGAGUGUGAUUGCUUCGAUGGAUUUGUACGCAAUGACAACGGGGACUGUGUAUUCAGUUGCCCUCUGGGUUGUCUAAAUGGCCGUUGUUAUCUAGACGAAACCUGUAAAUGUGAUCCAGGUUAUAAGCUGGAUGAGACUCGUCGUUUCUGCCGUCCGAUUUGCAGUAGGGGUUGUGGUUCAAAUCUACUAUUGAAUUGUACCGAGCCCGAAGUUUGUAGCUGCAUUAAUGGUUAUACCCUGACUGAGAGUGGUUGUAGGGCUACCUGUUCACCAGAUUGUGGGCCGGGCGGUGAAUGCAAUGUCAAUGGUGUUUGUGCAUGUAAACAUGGCUUUACCCUCAAGGAAGGGGUAUGUCAUGCCACCUGCUACCAAUCUUGUGAAAAUGGCAUGUGCUACAGUCGCCAUAGAUGCAUAUGUAAUCCUGGCUUUAUUUAUAUGGAGAACACGGGAAAUUGUGUUGAAAAACCUUGAAGAUGCGUUUUAUGUUAUGUUUAGAAAAUUAGGACAAAUUUCUUGAUUUUAAAUAAUAGUUGGCCUUAAAAUAAAGAUUUUAACUUUCUUUUAGUAACAUAA